AUGGCGCAGAAUAAUAGUGCAGAAGUCGAUCCCAAGGAGCGUCUUAUAGCCGCUGUUAAGAAAGAGGUGAAACAGCUAAUGGAGGAAGCUGUCACUAAGAAAUAUAUACACGAAGAAAGCAGUUCUGUAACACAAUUAUGCGCUGCCGUUGAGGCCUGCUUGAGUCAUGGCUUGCGGCGACGAGCUUUGGGUUUAUUCAAAACCUCAUCAACAACAGCAUUGCUCCAUAAAAUUGCUAAAUCCUGUGAAGAUGCCGAACAUAUAAGCAAGAAAGUUUUGGAGAUUGAAGCAGCCGAUCCAAGUAAACGCUCGUCAUCCAGCAGUGAUAGUGUGAAUCGGCCACCGAUGUUGAAGAAGGGCAGCAGCACAUCUGUGACAACGAUGAGUUUGAGUAGUUCGAAUAUGUCGAUGGCCUCAAUGAAAUAUUUGUGGAUCCGUUUGGCCCUAUACGAGAAGAAACUGGCUAAAAUUAUUGAGUACUUAGUAGAAAAUGCCAGUACUUAUUAUGAUCGUGACUCCCUCGUGGCAGAUUCGGACUUUGGCUCCAUAUUAAGCUCACUUCUAGUUGGACCAUGUGCGCUGGAGUUUACGCGCGUUAAGACUGCCGAUCACUACUGGACAGAUCCGCACGCUGAUGAAUUGGUUAAACGCCAUCGCAUCAGUUCGGGUCGCCGUUCUUCCUCAACUUGCUCAAGAGCACCGAUAAUAAAUUUCAAACGUAGUCUAAAUACCAGUACGGAUGAAUGCAAUAUUGCCACCAGUUUCAAGUCCAUAGCCUCAACAACUGUAGCAAAGGACUAUGUUGAGUCAUUGCAUCAAAAUUCACGAGCUACUUUAUUAUAUGGAAAAAAUAAUGUAUAUGUAGUACCGAAAGAUGUUAAUGAGAAAAUGCCUGGCUAUUUGAGCCUACAUCAGCACGUGCAGACGCUUAUCAUUAAAUGGACACCCAAUCAACUAAUGAAUGGUUACAAUGAGGAGGAAGAGGAACAAGAUGAGGAGCAGGAUAAAGAAUCAUACUGGGCUUAUGCGCUAAAUAUUAAUGUAGACGAAAUUGUGUAUGUGCAUUGUCACCAGAACCCUGGUGAAGAUAGUGGCGGCGUAAUAGUGCUCGUUGGACAAGAUGGUGUGCAACGCCCACCAAUACACUUCCCCGAAGGUGGCCAUAUGCAACAGUUCUUAAGUUGUUUGGAGACAGGCUUACUGCCGCAUGGCCAGUUAGAUCCACCGCUGUGGUCACAGCGCGGUAUUGGCAAGAUAUUUCCGUGGCCGAAAAGUGUGCGCAGGCGUAUUUUACCUUCGGUCAUGGAAUCGUUCGAUGAAACACCAAUCGAUUAUGUCUUUCGCAUUGUGAGCAAAAGUAAACAUGAAGAGUUCGUUGCUACCCAUUCCAUUUUGGACUUUGUACGCAGCACACCACGACGCGCGCAGCUCAGCAGCUGUUCGACUACUGGAUCCAGUGAUUGUUCCAGCAAAAGCCUUUCUAUGGAUCAGCACCCUCUGGAAUCUCCGCUGGUUCAGACCAAACAAAAUACCAGUAUUGAAAUGGUUUGCUCAACAAUGAAGAGACAAAUAAUAUCGAGAGCAUUUUAUGGUUGGCUGGCGUAUUGCCGACAUUUGUCAACAGUUCGCACCCAUCUCUCAGGGCUUGUAAAUGGACGCAUAACUCCUGAACUCAAAGCCGACGAAGAUGGACUAACAAAAGAGCGCUGGGAAGCUUUGAAUGUGAAUGGUGUGGUGGCAAAUGAGAUGGAUGUCUAUCGGCUGGUUUACUUUGGCGGGGUAUGUCCGGAAUUGCGGAAAGAAGUGUGGCCAUACCUACUUGGCCAUUACAGUUUUGGCACCACAACCGCGGAUCGACAGAAGCAGGAUGAGACAUGCAAGCAUUACUACGAGAUGACGAUGAGCGAAUGGCUAGCAGUAGAUGCAAUUGUACAACAACGCGAAAAGGAGAAGACAUCACGUGCGAUAGCUAAGCUUAGUUCGGGCAGUAAUAGUGGCAAUGAAAAGACUGUGCGCGCUGCUGACAUCGAUGCAGCCGAGUUGGAGAAUGAAGUUUUCGAAGACAUAUCUGAUAUUUCGGAUCCCGGUGACUUAGAGUACGAUGAGGAGCAGCAACGGCAGGCACAAGCCGAAGCAGCAGGAGGAAACAUGCAAAAUUAUUUAUCAGUAAAACCGAUACCGCGCGCUAUGAAGACCAGCACCGACUCAGGCAAUGUAGACGAGGCAACGGAGGAGGAAGACGAGAUGUAUGGCAAAGAUGGUUUAGCACAACAAAAAGAAGACACAAUAACUAAAAAGCAGAUCAUUGAUGCGGGCGUCAAUGAACCAACUUCAAAUGCAAGCACCAAAAGUGAGCAACUGCCGGCUGGCGAGACCGAAGAGGCCGCACAACCCGGCCAAAGUGAAAAAACAUCCCCAUCUUCGUCUUCAUACGAAACAGUAGGCGCUGGUUUUGCCUACACAGAUUUAAAUCUGCAUACAUCCAUAUCGGCAAAUUUGAAUUCAACAGAUGAACCAGAGAAGAGCGUUUUGAGUCCAGAGUUUUUAAGUGCUGAUGAUUUGCCGUCGCAAUUAGUAGGCGAGGAGACUCAAUUUCCAGCUGAAGCAGAAGAACGAGAAAUUGCGGCAGUGACAGCGAAUGUUGCUGGUCGACCUUCCGCUGUUAUCGUCACCAAUGCAUCGAUUGAUGUAGCCAAUUGGUUGCCUGGUGUUAAGUCAGAAAGUGGGCAAAUGGCACCCUUGUUGGAACAAGGAUCAAUCGAAACGUGUGGGGAAGUCGCUGCGUUGGGGGGCGGUACGAUUAUGGAUGCACUGCAGGAACCUAAAUCGGCAUGUGUUUCGCCUGCGAGCUCAAAUGGUGGCGUGUAUAGUAGCGAAUUGCUGGAACAAUUCGGGUUGAAUCUGCAUCGCAUCGAAAAGGAUGUGCAGCGUUGCGAUCGUAAUUAUUGGUAUUUCGCCAAUGAAAAUCUGGAUAAGCUCAGGAAUGUCAUAUCUACUUAUGUAUGGGAACAUUUGGACGUUGGCUACAUGCAGGGCAUGUGUGAUUUGGUCGCGCCGCUCCUGGUGAUAUUUGACGACGAGUCUUUGUGCUACAGCUGUUUCUGUAAGCUGAUGGAGCGCAUGAUCGAGAAUUUUCCAAAUGGCGGGGCCAUGGAUAUGCAUUUUGCGAACAUGCGUUCUCUCAUUCAAAUACUGGACUCGGAGAUGUAUGAUUUGAUGGACUCGAAUGGUGACUACACGCAUUUCUAUUUCUGCUACCGCUGGUUUUUGCUGGACUUUAAGCGUGAACUUGUCUAUGAUGACGUGUUUGCCACAUGGGAAGUGAUUUGGGCGGCGAAACAUGUAGCUUCCAGUCAUUUUGUGCUCUUCCUCGCUUUAGCGCUGCUGGAAACUUAUCGCGACAUAAUACUGUCGAAUAGCAUGGAUUUCACGGAUGUUAUAAAAUUUUUCAAUGAAAUGGCUGAGCGACACAAUGCCCAAGCGGUGCUGCAGCUGGCUCGUAGUUUUGUGUUGCAAUUGCAAAUGAUAAUCGAAAACAAAUAAACCAUUUUUGUGUAGUUGCUUAGAGAUGAAGAGGAGUUUUAGAUUAGUUUUCUUAAUAUUUAGAAAUAAUCAAGGCGCCAAUUGAUAGAUGCUUCCAAAGGUAAAGAUAAUAAUGAAUACUGAAUAAAUCGUCAAAUAUUUAGGAAAUGAAAAUAGGAGAAUUAUGAAACGAAAAAUUAAAGAAUACAAAUCAUUUUCCAAAAAAUAUAUUUCUAUAAGUAAAGAAAAUAAAUCAAAGCUGAAAUAUAAUAUAUUAGUUAUCAAAUAAAGAAGACGAGGCACUGAUAUAACGGUGAAUUACUGAAAUUAUGUAUACAAAAAAUAAGCAAAUCAAAUUUAUUUAUAAAAAAUGCUAGAUGAGAAAAUACAUAAGAAUAAAUGGAAAAAUGGAAAAUACAAAUUUGUACAUGGAAGAAAAUGAAAAUAAACGAAAGAAAGAAAAAAAAAACGAAUAAUAACACAAAAAUUAGAUACUUAAAAAACAAAAUGUAAUAAAAUAAAAAGAAGUUAAGUAAAUCAUAUUACAAAAACAAAGACAUGCCCACGACAGUCGGUUCUACGUAACCGGAACGACACGGAUUUAUGUAUAUUCGGCCACGAACUGUCACUUCAGCAGCAUUCCCCGUAUUUGUAUGGGGAA